AUGUCAGAUAUCAAAGAGCCCGGGUUUAAGUCGAGCGAGCUGUUCGCACGUCUUGCUGAGGUGCUCGAGGCUUACACCCCGGAGGAGAAGGCUAAGGAGCUCAAGAAGACCAAUGGAAUCUUCGAGAUGCAGAUCAAGGGCGCCUCGGGGGAAGUGAAAACAUGGACGAUCGACAUGAAAAAAGAGGGCAAAGUCGUCAAGGGCAAGCCUGCCCCCAAGCCUGACGUGACUAUCAUCGCCGGUGACGAACUCUUCCUCGACCUCGCAGAGGGCAGGACAAAUGGCCAAAAGGCGUUCAUGACCGGGAAACUCAAGACCAAGGGGAACAUGAUGCUCGCCACUAAGCUGGACGCGGUGCUCAAGACCGCCCAGGGCGAGCUCAAGGCGAAGCUCUAG